AUGGCAGAUGCCAUAAUGAUGGUUCUUCGUGAGUUCAAUUUGGUGGAAAAAACUUUGGCGCUAACAACCAACAAUGCAUCAUCAAUGAUUUUCUGUGAUACUUCCAUAGCAGAGGAACUCGAAAGAGAAUUUAACAAUCUGAAUUUCGCUCAUUAUCGAUGUGCCGUCCAUAUCUUCAAUCUUGCAGUCACCCAAGGGAUCAAGUUAAUAAAUGAGUCUGUGGAAAAA